AUGAGCAAUGAGCAACUUCCCGUUCUAGUGGCGGGGGCAGGCCCUGUUGGAUGCUUCAUAGCAUAUCGACUGGGAAAGGCAGGAAUUCCAGUGCACUUGUUUGAAAAAGAAGCGGCUCUUCCAUAUUCCCCACGGGCUGUCGGCUACUAUGGCGCAACGCAAAUCAUGUUCCAGGAAUGCGGACUUUACGACCUUGUUCGGUCCGAAGGGUUCGUGACUGCUGGACUCUGCUGGCGUGGACCCCCGAUCGACGAUGGCCAGGGUGGCAAACGACUUGGAGAUAUGAUUGCUGCUCAGCCUCUCUGCGACCCCAGUGAUCCAGUCAAGGAUUGCCCCUCUGGUCUCCUCAAUCUUCGACAAUCCGAGCUGACAAAGCUUAUCUUGCACGAGGCAUUGAAAACUGGCAAGGUCACGAUUCAAUUCAACAGUGAAGUUGCUAGCAUUGAAGAGGGGGAAAACUCGAUCAAGAUCAGUUUCGAAAAUCAAGAGCUCGCCCCUGUCUCAGGUUGUUACCUUGUCGGUGCCGACGGCGGCAAGUCGAAAACGCGCAAACUCAUUGGGACACCUUGUCUCGGACAUACUUGGCCUGAAAGACUCGUUUCCACAGAUGUCAUUCUUGGGAACUAUGUUGAUCCAGUGUUUCAUACCUGCUAUAUCAUUGGCACCGAGAACUUCACAAUCAUGACACCUCUAACUGAGCCUAUUGUUGGCGAAAAGAGCCUCUGGAGAUGCACAGUGGCAGUCCCCCCGGAGGACCAACGAUCAGACGAAGAGCUAGUGCAGAAUGCGGUAAUCCAGGGCUUUUACGAGCAAGUCAUCUCCGGGCCACGGCCCCUUCAGGCCGAGAUUUCUGCGAGAGCAGUCUACCGCAUUCACCAGCGCAUUGUCCCGACUAUGCGCAAGAGUCGAUGCGUUUUGGCUGGAGAUGCAGCACAUUUGAAUAACCCGUAUGGAGCUAUGGGGUUGAAUACUGGUCUCCUGGAUGGUGACGCUUUGGCAGAGGCCCUGGUUAUGAUUCUCAACGAAGGGCGAUCAGAUGAGCUGCUCACUAUCUACUCGGAUUCUCGUGUUCAAGUCUUCAAAAACUUUGUUGAUCCUACAACGACGGCAAACAAACUUCGUCUCCACCUGCCAAGCGAAACUGCUGCUCAAGACGAUUACUACUUGAGAUCACUUAACAAUGCAACCCAAGAGACACUGGAAAGUAGAGCUCGGCCGUACUUUGAGACAUGGAGAACAGAUAUGAGAGCAUUAGCAAAAGAGACUGGGCUAUAA